AUGCUGUGGAGAGAAAGGAAUACGUGUAAAAAUGUAAAAUGUCGGGCAGCCAGUCAGGCGGCCUCUCUCUUUCUUUCUUUCUCGCUCGUUCUUUCUCUCAUUCAUCGCACAAAAGCUUGCGUCGUCAAUUACGGUCAGGCAUCGAGGCCGCCUUUAUCUCCAGAAUCAGGAAGGCCUGUCUGCUGUCUCCCCGCCUUUGUUUCGAAAUAUCUGGUGUCAUUCCAUCAUUCGCCUGACUCCUCAUCUCUUCAUUUGCUUGCAAUGGAGUCUUUGCCUCAUAAGACAUUCUUUGAUACUGGCGUAAGAAAGCGUUUAGAAGGCGUUUAUGUGCAAUUUCUCUCUAAAAAAGUAAACAAUUCUUUAAAGGACGCUAUCUGGCAUUUAACUAAAAUUACACGUACCCACCUUCCCCUUCCCCUUCUCCUCUCUCUCUCUCUCCCUCUGCCUCUCCCUCUCUCUGCCUCUCCCUCUCUCUGCCUCUCCUUCCCUCUCUCUCUCUCUGCCUCCAUCGGGUAA